GACGUAACAUGACAAAAGCCAAAGCUUUUUGUGCCAUUCAUAUUUGUCGGAUUAUAGUCACAGACACAGACGUAAUUUUGUGUUUAUGAAUAUUCAUGGAUAGUCCAGUGGUGUUUACAGCAGGAUAAGACCAUGAAAAAAAAAAAACCCACCUUGAAAUUUAAGUUGUUAUAGACAUAAUAAAUUGUUCAAACUGAGGUAAAUGCGACUAAAUUUCAAUUCUUUUGUAAACAUAUACAAUUAUUUAUUUGUUAUUUACAACAUUUCACUCACCCACGUAAGCUCCCGAUUUCAUGCUGAUUCUCUUACAGCACAUGUUCCCGGUACCACUCAUCAACUCCUCAUUUUAAAAGUAUGUGUAUUCCUGUUUGAUUUAUUCUUUAGUUCAUUUGCUUACACACAACACAGAUCCAUGCAGAACAGAUACAGAAAGAGAGAGGAAGAGAGAAGAGAGAGAUAGAGAGAGAAAGAGAGAGAGAGAGAGAGAGAGAGAGAGAGAGAGAGAGAGAGAGACACACAGUCAGAGAGAUAGUCAGAGAGACAGUCAGUCUGACAGAGAGAAGAAGACCAUAUUGUCCAUGUAAACAUGAACUGUCUUCAUGGUCUUUCAUCUUCAUUUACAGAAGAAUCUCAUCGUAAAGACUAAUAACCACAGCUGAAUAUUUAUACCUUAUCGUUACAACUAUGAAGCAGGACAAAGUGGUGGUCUUCUUGACAUCGGUCCUCCCACUGCUAGCCGUUCAAACUGUCCUUUGUGCCCAAGUCGGUUAGUGAAUUUUAUUUUUUACACGUUCUAAUCCGAAUCCAAAAAUCGCAAUGCAAGUUUAACGUUUCGGAAAAUUUUCUUUAUAUGUCAACACUAUAUAACAUGGGCCAUCACAGACGCGAUACUUCAGGUUGGGUUUCAGAGCAAAGACAGAGGCGUGAGUGCUACAACUUUUGGAUAAUGUGAAUAACAUAAUGGUGUUUUGCCCUCACACACAUGGGAAAAAGAAUGGCGAGGCAGAGCUGUGGUUAACCCCUCCCCCCCUCAACCCUCACCCACCCCUGCGGCACUUUAAAGCUUAUGCUUCUUUAAGUUCGCAUUAUGAACUAAUUAAUUUUUUUUCCCACCCAGGCCCGUCUCUGAAUGACAUAGCAAAUAUCGACUGUCCGGCAGAACAGCCGUUCAAGUGUCUGCCGUACGGCGCGUGCUGCCGCGGUUCCGAGUUCUGCCACUCGGGACUGUGCGAGUCUUGUUUCCCACGCGACGUACCGGAGUCUGGACUUCUGGCCUGGUGCAGGGACACUGGCCAGCACAACGUUUCGUCCAUGAGAAGCCGCGCGUGUCGGCUGGCCUGUCAAGAUCGCUACACGAGUGUCCAGUUGGCGGUGAUAGAAGGUGAGUCGAUCGCAUGGCUGUGACCUCUUUAAUCUUUGAUCACCGUCCCGAUUGUCCCAUAGGUAGUCAAUAGUUUCUCUCCAUGCCUCACGUGUGGAUUCCUUUUACUAUUCAUCCAGGAAGUUUCACAAUAUUCAUUUUUGAUAUUUUAUCUUGCAGCCUGGAGUCGUAAUUGAGUCUUUUAGUUCUUUUUUUUUUUAGUUAAGUUUUUUUUAAUUUUAAUUUUUUUUUUUUUUUUUUUUUUUUUUUUAAUCCUUUUUUUUUAAUGAAAUUUUUUUUUCUUUUUUUUUUUUUUUUUUUUUUUUUUUUUUUUUAAAAAAAAAUUUUUUUUUUAAAUUUUUUUUUUUUUUUUUUUUUGUUUAGUUUUUUUUUAUUUUUAUUUUUUUUUUUUUUUUUACAUUUGUUUUAACACCUAGAUUUCAAAGGAAAUACUUUAUCACUUACAUUUUAUUUAUUGUAUUUUCCUUUUUUAAAAAAAAAAUCCUUCUUACAAAUUCUGUUUUUUUUCUUUUCUUUUUUUUUUCUUUUCUUUUUUUUUUUUUUCGCUUUUCUUUUCCUCAUCACGUCACACAGGCACUUGGGUUACUUGGUAGGACAUGCUAAUAAAUGCGUAUUAAAUUUACAUCUAGAUUCGGGUCACACGGCAAGCAACCUUUUACCACCUGAUCAUCGAGGGGGUAACUCUCAGGACGGGAAGGAAAACACGUCUACGCUUAUCCCUGCAGGUAUGGAUUGGUUGAUGUACAUUGUAAUGAAUGGAACACGACUUCACGACCUUCCCCCCCAAAAAAAAAGUUUAAUAUUAACGGUAGCAUGAAAUGAGACCUUUAAAAGUUACACCGAAGGGUAACUGGCAGAGCCCAAUCAAAUUGAACGCCUGGGCCUAUACAAGACAGUUAUAACUACCGCACACACAGCGGUUUGAAUUUUUAUAAACGUAAGAAUAAGUUAUAAAUGAUUUAAAUGUUAAAAGUGAGGAUUUAAAAAAACAAAUAAAUUAAUUUCGAUACAUUGAUCUCCACCUUGCGUGAGUUCAAACUCAAACAUCAAAUAAAAAUAUCCCUUCUUUUGUCAUCAUGUUAACUGUUCCAAAAAAAAUAUUCAGUUAAUUUUCAAACUAUUUUUCCGUAAAUUUUUAAUUUUAAAAAUAAAUAAAAUGUUUACACUCUCAACUAAUCGUUUGAAAUACAGUUCUCCAUACGUUUCGAUGUGGUGGAGACCAUUGCAAACAUAGAGUCACAUCGGGCACUCAUCAUUCCAUUAUUUCAGAUACCGUUUCGCCGGCGUUGCUUAGAUCAAAAGAAGAACACGCUGACACGACGAGUCAAGGGAUUGUGGUCCUCAAUGUUUCAGGUUCGUCUUUCGGGUGACUCUGUUCUUCUCAAGCCAGUGCUGUUCCAAUGGGAUCUCAGCGAAAUUUUAAUAUAUAUAUAUAUAUAUAUAUAUAUAUAUAUAUAUAUAUAUAUAUAUAUAUAUAUAUUAAAGAGAAGAUAACCCAAAAAUUAAACAAUAAAAAGAAAAACAAACAUAAGUGACCCAAAAUAGAUAAAUGAGAAUAAGCAUAAUGUAACUAACUGAAUAUAUUAAAGAGAAGAUAACCCAAAAAUUAAACAAUAAAAAGAAAAACAAACAUAAGUGACCCAAAAUAGAUAAAUGAGAAUAAGCAUAAUGUAACUAACUGAAGUUGUAAAAAUAAAUAAAUCAUAUCCUGUACUUUCAAUUAUUGUGUUGCUGUUGUAAGAACAAGCCAGAAGUUGUACCAAACCUUGAGGAUGAAAACUUGUAUACGUUUUUUUUUUUAAAAUGACUUUCUUACUUCUCCUCUUUAGUUGUUGAGAUUGUUCUCCUAGUCAUCGCACUGGGGGCCAUCCUGCUUUUAAUUUACUCAAACCGGAAACCAAUUGGACAAAAGUUUUCCAGUAAGUGAAUUGUUCAGGACUAUCUAAAUCUAAUAUUAACAUUAAUCCUAAAAAAAAAAACAAAAAAAAACAUAAAAAUAAGAAACAGUAACAACAAACAAUAAAGAAACAAAACACCCGACCAAAAACAUCAAUUUUGGCAGCUCGUAAUGCACGUCAUACUUGGUGAUUUAGUCAGCUUCUAUACCAACGGGUCUCAACAUGUGGGUCGCGACCCCUUUGAUGGCCGAAUGACCCGUACGCAGGGGUCGGCUAAGCUCACCUGAAAACACAUCUUUAUGAAGUAGCAAGUAAAAUAAUUGUAGAGUUGGGGGUCGCCACAACAUGAGGAACUGUAGAGGGUCGCGGGUCGUGACAGCAUUGCCAUGGCAACAACCAUGGUGCCUCAUUGUAGUGUGGCUCGCUUACGUCACUCAGCCGGCAGCUUAGUGCCAAAAUAGCUCUAACAUUGCAGUAUUUGAAUUGAAACAUGUUUUGGUAUAGAUUUAUUAUAAUUUUUUUUUUAAAAAUCUCGCCGCAAAACAUAAUCCUUUCUCAGAGCUUAAGAGCAUGAUUAUUUCUAAAAGUAUGUUUUUUGAUGAUAAAAAAAUCAAAGCUAAUGAUAAAUAAAACGUAUGAAAAAAAAUUAAAAAAUCUCAAGCCCAAAAAAAUCCUAACAUAAAAAACCUUUGUUGACUUUUGUCUGCGUAUUUUCCUUAAAAGGUUUCCGAAAGUGGAUCUCUGGGACAAGAGACGGAGACCAACAGCCGCUAGAAAUUAUUUCUUGUGAUGUAAACAGCAUUUCCUCCUCGGCUGUAACGCCGGGCUCGGCUGUUGACGGCUGUUUUCACUGCGGCUCUAUUUGCUGUGCACGUUAUGUACACACUGCUAAUGAUACGCCAUCAAGUGUUGUACAAACUACUCAUGAUACGCCAUCAAGUGUUGUACAAACUACUUAUGAUACGCCAUCAAAUAAUGGACAAAGUACCAUUGAUACGCCAUCAAAUAAUGGACAAAGUACUAUUGAUACGCCAUCAAAUAAUGGACAGACUGCUAAUGAUACGCCAUCGAGUGUUGUACACACUGCUAAUUAUACGCCAUCAAGUAAUGGACAAACUGCUAAUGAUACGCCAUCAAGUGAUGUACAAACUGCUAAUUACAUACCAUCAAGUAAUGGACAAACUACUGAUUAUACGCCAUCAAGUAAUGGACAAACUACUAAUUAUACGCCAUCAAGUAAUGGACAAAGUACUAAUUAUACACCAUCAAGUAAUGGACAAACGGCUAAUGAUACGCCAUCAAGUGAUGUACAAACUACAAAUUAUACACCACCAAGUAAUGGACAAAGUACUAAUUAUACACCAUCAAUUAAUGGACAAAUUGCUAUUAAUAGGCCAUCAAGUAAUGGACAAAUUGCUAUUAAUAGGCCAUCAAGUAAUGGACAAAUUGCUAUUGAUAGGCCAUCAAGUAACGCACAAACUGUUAGCGAUACGUUAUCAUGUAAUGAGCAAACACCGAAGAAUACAACAUCAUAUGACCAACAAAAAGCCAAGAAUACAACAUCGCCCGAUCAACAAAAAGUCUUUCAUAAUCCAUCCUACGACCAACAAAAAGCCAAAAAUACAAAAUCGCCCGACCAACAAGCCGUCUUUCAUAAUCCUUCCUACGACCAACAAAAAGCCAAAAAUACAACAUCGCCCGAUCAACAAAAAGUCUUUCAUAAUCCAUCCUACGACCAACAAAAAGCCAAGAAUACAACAUCGCCCGACCAGCAAGCCGUCUCUCAUACCACUUCAUUAGACAGACACAGGGACCGUGAUGCCCAAUUGGGUGACGGGGAACUUCUCAGCGCCACCGAGAACACUUUGAAUGAGUUAAAAGAACAUCGUUUGCGCGCCGAACAAACAGGCGAUGAGUCUUCAUACAACAGCAGCUCUGAUUGUUUCAAAAGAAUUUCGCACAGAACUAUAAAAAGUGCCACGAAUAAAGCCACGGGUGAUCCAUUAAGUUUGGAAUCGGGAAGACCUGAUGAUAUCGACGUCAACCGGCUGACACCGCCAAGUGAGCACCGAGAAUCAAGCCGACAUCUCGGAUCACGGGAGUCGGAGCUCACAGCACAUUCACCGACCAAUAACCGAAGUGCCGGUGCAGAUAGUCCAGCAAGCGACGAGUUACCGGGAGCAGAGGCCACAGCUUCCGCACAAGGUCGUAAUGACCCUGGAGAAAUUAAUGAAGGAACGCCCCUGUUAGAUGGUGAAGAUGGUGAAGAUGGUAAGUGCCUUUUAUUAUUUUAGAGCAGGCCUGCACAACUCAAAAUGUAAGGCGGGCCUGAUUACUUUAUGAAAAACUUGUGCGGGCCAAAAGAAAGUAGGACAAGACUUCUGCGGGCCAAAAGAAUAUAGGUCAUGGGGAAAAGCUAUUAAGAAAAUAAUAAUAAUUUUUAAAAAAUUCGUUACUUCGCGGGCCGCAAAGUGGGUGCUGGCGGGCCACAUGCGGCCCGCGGGCCGUAUGUUGUGCAGGCCUGUUUUAGAGCAUUAAAUAUUGAUUUUACAAAUUAAAAGUCAGGAAAAAAAGAAUUUAAAAAGAAAAAAAAAAUUGAAGACAAACAAGAAAGGCAAUCUGCACCCCCCCCCCCACACUUUUGUUUUAAAGAAAAGAAAUGAACCAAAUACAACAACAACAACAAAAACACAAAACAACAAAUAACCAAAUAAAUAAACAACAGCAACAAAAACAGCAACAACAACAACAAGAACAAAAAAGCCAUCUAUAUUUUCUACAAUAUGUCGACAAAAAUUAAGCUAAAACCACACUCCACCAAUUCCUUAAAUAUAAAACACUGAAAUUAUUUCAGUUCAUUGUAUCAGUAAUAAAGGAAAAUGUCUUUCUUAGACGUGGGUGCAUGUAGGAUGCUUUAAGAAAUCUUUUAGUUGUAAUAUUGUUUUAAUUCAAUACAUUAAAAAAAAAGAUAUGAUUCAGCAUGGACCCAGUACAACUCUUUCAUUCACCAAUCAGAAACACAUCCUGCAAAUUAUAGAGGGAUGAAUUGUUUAUAAACAACAACAACAACAACGGCUGUGUAAAGCUUUCCAUCUCUCUUCCACCAGAUAUUAACCUCCAUCAAAAAUUACAGCAUCGGAAAGCAAGAUGAUCCGUGUGCAACAGCCGGGACAGGAAUGCAACAGCAGGCUGUCCUCUUAAGUUAUUGUUUGCGCUUUCGCAACUAAAAAUGACUGUUUGACUUGUGUUUUGUUGUUUUUUGUUGUUUAAAAAAAAACAAAAAACAACAUUUGUAUUAUUUAAAUUUGUUAUUUUCAAUUUUAAACUUAUGAUCUGUUGUUUCUCAUUUUGUAUCGUCUGCUGAAGAGGGCUUGAUAUGAAAGGAGUUACUAAAAAAAAAACAACAACUUUAUAAUGUUUCAUUUGUGUUUCUUUAAAUAUCCUGAAAGGGGAAAUGGUAAAAA